AGCCCAUUCAAACGGUUCAGUUUCUCACUCUCUAGAACCUUCCCGUUAAAACCAGAACCAGCUCAUCUCAUCCCACAACAUUGUUGGCUUUCUGCUCACAGCGCAACGCAGCGCUUCUCUCUUUGCGUAAAUUGUAGCAGAGGAAGGUGAAGAAACAUUGGCAAUGGCGGAAGAAUUGGAGCUAGAUUUGGCUGAACUUCGCCACCUUCAGAACAUUGCGAAAAGGCCCCGGAUUGUCUCCCUGCUCUCCUCCGAGAUUCGCAAGUUAGAGAAGUCAUCAAAAGAUGCCGUGUCACCAGCUAUCACACAGACUCCAGCUCCAGUGAAGGUGCCAGCAACCCCUGCAGUGAACUAUGUUACACUUAGCUCAUUCAGCUGGGAUCAAGACAGUGAUAAAAUCAAGAUAUAUGCCUCUUUAGAGGGAGUUGAGCAAGAGAAGGUGGAGACUGUGUUCAAGCCGAUGUCUUUAGAUAUAAAAUUCCAUGAUGUACAAGGGAAGAAUUACCGAUGUGCCAUACCAAAAUUGAACAAAGAGAUUGUUCCUGAAAAAUCAAAGGUGGUUGUCAAGCCCACAAGGGUUAUUAUCACACUGGUCAAAGCCUCAAAAGGCAACUGGUUGGAUUUGCACUUCAAGGAAGAUAAACUGAAGCCAAAUAUGGACAAAGAUCGUGAUCCAAUGGCAGGAAUAAUGGACUUAAUGAAGAACAUGUACGAGGAGGGAGAUGAUGAAAUGAAGAGAACGAUUGCAAAAGCUUGGACUGAUGCCAGAUCUGGGAAAGUAGCUGACCCAAUGAAGGGGUACCCACCCUUGAGUUAAACCUUAAAUGGUAAAAUAGUGUGGCAACCUGGAAAUAGAAGAACAGAUUCCUAGUUAUAUUUUGUCUUUGCGGGUUUCUAUUGGUGAUCGCUUGUGUUAUUUUCUAGUCUUAGCAGAGCUUUUUUUUUUGUCAUGUUCAUGAGUUUUGGAUAUCCCCAACUUUUUGGAAGAAUCAAUGGAUCUACUAGCACUGGCCAAAACAUCAUUUGAUCCAAUAACAAAUUAAUAUAUCAUUGCA